CGUACUUCACAGCGCGUGCAUCGCAGAUUAGAAGCACCGCUGGCGCGUGCCGCUGCUGCUGGCUCACCUCUCGCGCUCACUCUCUCGCGCUUUUACCUUUCUAGCUCACCUCUACUCCGGCCACUUCUUAAAGCAACAAAAAAGGGCCAAGGAGCUGCGGUGAAAGAGCUGAAAUAAAAAGAUGGAGGAAUGCCCGGAGUGCGGUUAGCUGCUGGAGGACCGACAAGAGAACCUCUGUCGCAGAGGACUAAGAGCAGGAGGAGGAGGAGAGAGGGGGAAGCAGACGCAUCUCACAUCUGCGGUGACUUUGGGGAUUUCUGGGCAGCGUGAGGAGAAAAAAAAAGGGAGAUACGCUACAUUUUUUUCUGAUGCAGUUAAAAUCUCCCGCGUGCAAGAGGAAUAAUUACCAUGUGUUUGGAUUAUCGGUGGACCAGCGCGUUAUGCUCUGCAGUUUCGGCAAUUAGGGGGACAUAUGCUUCAAAAUAGUUGCAUCUUUUAUUAAAAAUAAACACUGUUGCCGGGCGUGAUGAAUUCUUCCGCUCCUCAUUUUUAAUCGGAAGCAUCCGCUGGAGUGUUUGGCCACCCGGGGGAGCGGCGAGAAGGACGUUUUUUAGGGGGGUAACGGAGGACGGUUUUAAAGAGGUGAUACCCUCCCCCUUCAUAAAUGUUUGCGUGCCGUUAGUGCUCUCGCUCUCAGUCGACCUCAACCCCUCCUCUCUCUCUCUUACCCCGAGUCUCACACGCAGGCAGACGCGUCUCAUAUGCAUACACAGACACGGGCUGGACUGGACAUUAUCUCACCCGCACACUGACACAGCAUGCGCGCAUAAUCACACAUACACACAAGCCUUUCCUCUCAACCAGCCAGCCCUCUCACCUCCUCCCCCCCCCUCCCUCACUAUCUGAUGACUCCCCGGUGUACAGGUGGACGUGCAGCACAACCAGCACCAUGUCCUCGUCGUCGCGCAAGAUCUCCUCCGAGUCGUUCAGCAGCUCGGUGGGCUCGGACUGUGGGCUCGAAAGCCCCGGGGGAGACGGAGGGGACGGCGGGUUGGAGCCGGCGGAGGAGACCCGAGGGUGCCCCUUCUCUUCCUUCCCCUCCUCCCACAGAGCGGUGCUCUGGAACGGCCGCAGCCCCGCCGAAAGGACCGUGUGCCCGGCAGGUGAGGAGCAAGCACCCGGCGGGCCCCACAAGAGGGUCACCAGGAGGAGAAGGGUGAACCUCGACUCGCUGGGGGAGAGCCUGAGGCGGCUGACCUCACCCACGACGCAGACUGUUCAGGAAGCUCUACAGCGGACUCUACAGUUCUACAGACAACAGGAGAUCAGGUGUCAGGAAGUUGGAGGGGAGAGGCGAGAGGAGAAAUGCCCAUUUCUAGAGAAUUCUGGUUCAGAGGAGGAUGUGCUACAAAUCCUCCAAUACAUGGCCACCAUACUGGGAGUACCGUUCUGUGAGCUGCGAGAGCAUUUUGGAGAGGAGUUCUUUGGUCUCUGCUUUGAAGAAAAUGAACGUGUACUUCGGGCUGUGGGUGGCAACCUCCAGGAUUUCUUCAAUGGCUUUGACGCCAUUUUGGAACACAUUCGCACCUCUACGGGGCGCCGUGCCUCAUCUGAGAGCCCCUCCUUCCAGUGUAAGGAUCCCCGCGAGGAGGACAAAGGGAGAAGAAAAUUGGACAAAGUUGGAGAUCAGGCAGAAAGAAAUGGAGGAGGAAAAAUAUUGGUUCUUCAUUGCUUCAACCCCGCCCCUGUUGUCGGGUUGGUCAUGCCGGGGUUGAUCAGAGCUGUUGCCAGGCGUAUCUUUCAUUCACAAGUCGAGGUGGAAGAGGUGCCCCCUCUAACUCCCUUGUUGCCCAAUAAAGAUGCAGAAAACACGGACUGUGACUCGACGACCCCGACCCCGACUGCGUCCCCCACUGCCUCACCCUCCUCGUCCCCAUCCCCUCCCUCUCCUUUCCCGACCACUGCUCUGACAGUUUGCCUCUCCUUCCAAAUCCAGGAGACCAGCCCUCCUUGCAUCUCUUCCCUCCCCAACGCCGCCUCGGCGACCGCUAAACGACCCCCCCUCUCGAUCUCCACCAACCCCAGCGAUCUGCGCAUUGGCCUGGCCACGUUUUGCCGUGCCUUUCCAUUUCACCUUGUCCUGGGGCCUCACAUGGAGCUACUGCAGCUUGGGGAAGGACUGAGGAAACAGACUCGUAUAGAGACUUACCGGAGCCUCUCAUUCAGGGACUGUUUUGAGAUUGUCUCACCUAAGAUGGAUCCCUCAUUCCAGGGCAUCCUACUGAGGCUUGCAUCCCCAUUUACUAUCCGUACCAGGCCUGACACCACACAAGCGGGCAUCAAGGAGAAGGUGAUGGAGUUGAAGGGUCAGAUGAUCCAUGUGCCCGAGUCGUGCUCCGUGAUGUUUCUGGGCUCUCCCCGUGUGGAUAAGUUGGAGGAGCUGAUGGGCAGAGGUCUCCACCUGUCAGAUAUCCCCAUCCAUGAUGCCACACGGGAUGUUAUCCUGGUUGGGGAGCAGGCCAAGGCUCAGGAUGGCCUGAAGAAGAGAAUGGACAAACUCAAGGCCACAUUAGAGCGGACUCAUCAGGCACUGGAAGAGGAAAAGAGGAGAACCGUGGACCUGCUUUAUUCCAUAUUUCCGGGCGAUGUGGCGCAGAAGCUGUGGCAGGGUCAGCCGGUGCCCGCUCGCAAGUUUGAUGACGUCACGAUGCUCUUCUCAGACAUUGUGGGGUUUACUGCCGUGUGCGCUCAGUGUACGCCUAUGCAGGUCAUCUCCAUGCUGAAUGAACUUUACACACGCUUCGACUACCAGUGUGGCAUUCUGGAUGUUUAUAAGAUUGAGACAAUAGGUGAUGCCUACUGUGUGGCAGGAGGGCUUCACAAGAAGGUUGAUAGUCAUGCAAAGCCGAUUGCACACAUGGCUCUGAAGAUGAUGGAGCUUUCUGAGGAAGUGUUGACGCCUGACGGUAAACCUAUCAAGCUGAGGAUAGGUAUUCACACAGGUUCGGUGCUGGCAGGUGUGGUCGGGGUUAAGAUGCCACGGUAUUGCUUGUUUGGUAACAACGUGACGCUGGCCAGCAAGUUUGAAUCAGGAAGCCAUCCCAGGUGUAUCAAUGUUAGUCCCACAACGUAUCAACUGUUGAAAGACGACCGCUCUUUUUCAUUUGUCCCUCGUUCAAGGCUGGACCUCCCAGAGAAUUUUCCCAAAGAGAUCCCAGGGACAUGUUACUUCCUGGAGGCGGGCACAUCCCACAGUCACGCCUCACUGACCAGCUCUCGCUCCGCUCCUCCAGCCUCUAUGAGGAAAGUCUCCUACAGUAUUGGGACCAUGUUUCUAAGAGAAACAAGUUUGUAGAGCCCAUACACAGACCAGGCUACACAGUUAAUUAUUAUGUUAGUGACUGGAUUUUGAACUUGUGCAGGAAACCAAUUACACAGAUCUUUGGAUAUGCAAAUGCAUUAUUUAAGAAAAACUUUGAUUCAGACCUGUGGGAUGGCCUGUAUGAAUGGAACUUUGAAAAGGCUUUCAUCAUAAGUGACGAAGAACAACAUGCCCUCGUCUCUCCUGAGCAAAGGAGAUACGGUUCAAAAGACUUAAGGAACAGCUACUGCGCUAGUCUCACAAGGACCCUCCCCCAGGGAAGUGUACUGAUGGAAUCAAUUAGAAGAGAAACCUUAAUAUAAACCUUCAUGAUCUAGCUGGAUUCCUCAGCUCCAGACCUGGAAUCUGGUUCUCUCUGACCUGCGUCUAAACACAGGAAUGCUUGGAGAAAGCCUGGAGAUAGACCAAACAUAUGACCGGAAUUGCACUCAAUAGAAAUGGAACUGCGCAAAUUGAACAAAUCCACUUCCCAUUAACAAACUGGGUGCUGAGUAUGAAGUCGGGUGAAUUUUUGCAAGAUGGCAACAUUGCCAUAAACGUUUGCUGUGCAUCAUGGCCACUUUUACAAGGAUGAUAACAACACAGCAACCCCUCCCUCCCCUUGCAGCUGUCUCUAUGUAAUGUCAUGCUUUACCAAACAUACGUCUAACAACUGCUACUUGUUAUAUUAGAAAGCAUCAACCUAGGAGCAGUUGGUUGUGGUGGCGGGUGAUUAAUGAGAGGCACAAAGGAGACAAUUUAGCAGUCAUCUAAGGACAAAUGCCAAAACCACGAGUAUUAGGCUGACUUUAUAGGUCUGUCUGCUUCUAACCUACUGAAAACUAUAACCAACCCAAGUCCAGCCAUUUCAUUGCAUAUUAUAUGUGUAGGUCUGAAAAUGAUUCCCAGCUCAGUGCCUUUAUUGCUCAAAUUUGGACAGAUAUAAGAUGAAUUGAACUGAAAUAUUUGAAUAGAAAAUAUAAGGAUCGCUCAAUUUAUCUCAUGUUUUAAGUUGUUUAAUGACUUUUUAAAAAAUGGUUAAUGACAUGAAAGGAAGAAUGACAUGUGCCAAUGGUUUUAAGCCACUUUUGUAUUUGUUGUACAUUUCACUCUUGGAUGGUAAUGAUUGGUUGGCAAGAUAAAUCAAGCCUUCCUCAAAGAAUUCAGAUAUUUUAAUUUGCAUUCACCCGACUGUGUCCAGAUCCAAUAAUACACACUAAAUAGUACUUAUAAUAUAGUACUGUGCCAAAUUAUACACUUAGUCGUAGUAUGCGUAUCUUACACAGUUCACACUUACACACAUAACCUAUUUUAACGGCUUUAAAUUUUUAAUAUACAGUAUGCAGUUGUCUACUAGCCCUAUCAGGUGCAACCACCAGGUUUCAGAUUACGUAGUAGUCCGAGUAUAAUUUGCUUAAGCAAAUCAAGCGAUGUCAAGCGAAUUCAUCCGAGACAGUCGUCAUAAGCUAUCAUCAUGCAGUGGGAGCUGAAGGUUUGAAGUUGAAUAGUCUUUGUAUAUUUGAUAGCCUCGGCAGAUUUGGGUAUUAUUUUAUACCAGUGCUGCCAGUGUUCUUAAACAGUUGAGUAAAAAAAUGUUUAUAUCAGUUUAAAUGGUUGAUUAAGGGAAAACAAAUAUAUGGGGUUAUAGUUUCCAUUAUAUCGAUAUAUAUUUGAUGUUAAAUGAAAUGUUUUUAUUAUGAUAUGAAGGGAACAGAGAUAACAGCCUAAAUGAAAUUAUUACUAAUGGAUGGCCCCCAACAAGCAAAAAACAUGCAUAAGAUCUUUGUUAUUUAAAUUCGAAUGAGCGGUACUCAUCGUUUCCUCUCCAUGCUUGACAACAUCACAUUAUUGCUCAUGUUGCUUUAAAUCUAACUUACUUAAUAAACUGAUAAUAACAUCUGUUCCGAGAGAAAAGAAUGGUUUCGUCACUGGUUUACUCCAGCACAGAUUAUAGUUCGUAAUUUUAAUAGGAAUAAGAUGUCGCAAAUUCACUACAUCUUGCCAAAUUCUUGUUGCUUGAACCCAACAAGAUCAAAUAAAAAAGUGCCAAAUGUGCAUUUAGACACACCAGAACACCAGGUUUUAUUCCUGCUUUCCACAUCUUGAUGGCUUGCGGUAGUAGCAGGGAGGAAAAACAAUGGUUACACAUUGAAACUCAUUAAUAUAAAAAAUUCAAUAACAAAUACCUUUUCUGCCCUCUAACUUAGACAUUCACCAGCACAACUGUGUGUUGUUCCAAACUGAUGGAAAUGGUGUUAAAAGGGCAAACAGCACAGAUUUCCUUUUAAACUGCCAACUGUUCAUUGUUGCCAUAAAAUUCUGUCAGCAGAGUCUCAGAUGGGAGGAAGCAUUAGAAAGCAAUGAAGGCUUGCACAUUUUUAUUUAAUUUUUUUUUUUUUACGUGUCACCAUCUUACCCACAUUUCCUAUUAACAAACAGUUGGCUAGACAAUAAACACAUCAGUCAAAAACAUGGCAGCAUAGCUUUUUGCCUAAAAAAUAUUACGAGUUGCAACACAGCGAAAAAGUUUUUUAUUAACAUGAAACUAGGUGCCGUUGUUUAGUGGGACAGCUUUGCCAUCUUAAGCUUAGAGAGUUUAUCUUCACUUAGAGUCAUCAGUCAACUUUAAGCUUAAAUCAGUGGAUUAUUUUGCGUAGGGGGUUGCUAAACAUUUUAUUACACUUUGCGGCAGCAGAGCAAAAAAAAAAAAAUCUGUCCCAGACCGUCCAUUCAUUUUGUGUGAUGUAUAGAGAACCAGAAUCUGCAGUAACCAUCUGAGACAUCAGCAAAACAUGCAUCUUAUGUAAGUAUUUAUCAGUGGCUCAGAAGAUUAGCAUUUCUCUUUACAUAAACUGUGUCAAGCCUAUCAGUGAAAAGUAACGUGUACGUCAGACAUAAUGGUGUUCAUCAGGUCUUCCAGAGUUAAGGGAAGUCGGUCUUUCAAGCCAGGGAAAGUAAAAAGGUGGUUAUUGUUUUUUAAUUGACCAUAAAGUUAGAUUUCACAGCUUUUCUGUGAGGUACCAGAAGGGUGAUUUUAUAUAAAACCGCAAUUUUCAAAGUGUCUUUAAAUUCUACCUAAAAUUUUGUGUUACUGCUGCAAAUAAUCGACAAUAUUUGCAUUAAUUUCAUUUUUGGAAGGACUCAACUACUGCAUUGUACCCACCAGUAAGAUAACCCCUCCCAGAAACCUUGUUAAGUGUAUUUGACAGCUGUGUUACUGAGCCUGGGGGGAGGUUUUUACAGGGCAGACUUUCGCAUACAAAUGUACAAGUACUUCCCAGCUGUCAUCCUGGCGAUAAUGCAUAGACAAAUUAAUGUAUACUUGAUAAAUCUACUGUAGCAUAAAUGUAGUGCAGUGCCUAAAUUUUUGCUGGUAGGCUAAAAAUAGGACAUUACACCAGCAUUACACCCACACAACUUGUGUCCAGUCCUUACAUCUCCAAGUCUGUAGAUUCUUGGCAUAAUAAUAAAUGUUUGGCCUGAUCUAACAAGUCUAUUUAGAUGCACAGGUGUUGCAGGUAUUGAUUCUUUACAGUGUUACACCACUGCACUCGAGUGCAAGUCGGUGACUUACUCACACACAGGCGUACUUUCAGGUAACAAUGGCAAUACAACUGAGCUAUAGUGUAUAAAUUGUCUCAAAUAAUGAACAUGAACAAAUAUUGUUAAGUAAGUGUGUGAGGGUCCAGCGUCCAGUGAGACAAAGCCAAAUACAUCCACGACUUCUCCAGCUGUUGUCUGCGUGCCUGAUUGUGUGACUUUGUGUGUGUGUGGGUCAAACAAUAGGAGAUAAUACAAACACCAGUUAUUAGCAAAAUCUGUACAAUUUCGACUAUUUAAUGUAUUCCACAUGGGAAAAAACAAACAAACCUGAAAUUGUAUUACGAUUACUUUGCAGGUUCCUUUUGGUAUAAUUCCAAAGUGAAUUGUGAGUUGUAGCAAAACAAAAAUCUCUGCUUUGUUGUCCUUAUUUCUUUAUUUCAGCUUUAUACUUUCUGUCAGUAUGUUUCAUCCAUCUAAAGGCAGGCUGGUUUUCUCGACGCACCACUGUCCCACAAAACCUUCACGCACUCGGUAAUGUCUUCUUUUUUUUUCAAGAACUUAAAAAAAUAUAUAGACACUUUUGUUACUUUUUCAUUCUGUGUUUUACUUUAUUAAAUGAUUUUGUUUGAUGAUGCAUUCAUGAAGCAUUUUCUUUAACUGAAAUAGCAUGAAAAUAUCAUUUUUACUGAAGAAUAAAGUUGCUAUGUUUUUUGCAGGACAUUGUUAUAAAUUGUUUUGUUGCCAAGUUCAGCUUCACCCCCACUGACAUACAGUACAAAGGGUCAAAGAUGAUGGGAAACUGGACUUUAUUUGUUUUAACAGUCUAGUUUUAACAGCAGAAACAAAUGAGGGUUGAUGCCUGGGUCCGCCAAAAGAUGUGUAUUUCUAUGUUCAGCUCCAACCUUUGAGAAAUAGUAGCUUCCAUAGGUUAAUUUAGCACUAAUUAAUCAUUUCAUUUGAGACCCAGCGAUUUAUAAUCACAUUCAAAAGUCUGCAGAGGCUUUUGUACUUUGGUGUUUGAUGUUGUAAACAUAGCAAAACUGACCCUGGAAAUGAACCCCGUUUGACCCUGCUGUUGGAAUUAGGUGUACUGUAUAUGGAAGGGGCAUGAUGACAACUGUUGGUUUCUGACUGACAUUAAGGGCACAUCUUCUGUCUUAUAUGAUGUAAAUAAAAAACACCAAGUAUCUUUAAUAAGGAA